AGCAACAUUCUCGGUGGUGGGAGUGAAUGGAGGCGUCCAGAUGAGGGGGGUACUUCUCCCCAUCUAAUCUUAAAAUUCGAGAGAUAAUCAAGAGCAAGAGAGAACAGAAGUUACGGGGAAGUGUAAGACUAUAUUUUUCCGCUCACCGCGGGCGUUCCCUGAGCCGGCAGGAGGAAGGACGCGCCUCGAACUUCCUAGCCCGGCCAGGUGGGUCGCGGAGCGCCGUCCCCGAGACCUCUGCCGAGUCACCUGCACCCUUGGUAUCCGAACUGUUCCUCUUGCCCUCGAUCGCCCGCGCGGAGGUUGGGGCGGACCUGUGGGGAUCGCAGCCGGGCGUGAGGAGGAAGAGGAUGAUUAGCGCCUGAGUGAUCCUGCUUCAGCCUAUACGCUUAAGGGCAGCCCCUGGGUAGGGCGAAGCUUCUCUGUCUUUACUGCUGUCCCCCACCCUGUUGUGGGCUGCGGGCUGCAGGAUGAACUGUCGCUCGGAGGUGCUGGAGGUGUCGGUGGAGGGGCGGCAGGUGGAGGAGGCCAUGCUGGCCGUGCUGCACACGGUGCUCCUGCACCGCAGCACGGGCAAGUUCCACUACAAGAAGGAGGGCACGUACUCCAUCGGCACCGUGGGCACCCAGGAUGUCGACUGUGACUUCAUCGAUUUCACCUAUGUGCGAGUCUCCUCGGAGGAACUGGACCGUGCCCUGCGCAAGGUUGUUGGGGAAUUCAAGGAUGCAUUGCGCAACUCAGGUGGCGAUGGGCUGGGACAGAUGUCCUUGGAGUUCUACCAGAAGAAGAAAUCUCGCUGGCCUUUCUCAGACGAGUGCAUCCCCUGGGAAGUGUGGACGGUCAAGGUGCACGUGGUAGCUCUGGCCACAGAGCAGGAGCGGCAGAUCUGCCGGGAGAAGGUGGGUGAGAAGCUCUGUGAGAAGAUCAUCAACAUUGUGGAAGUGAUGAAUCGGCAUGAGUACCUGCCCAAGAUGCCCACGCAGUCGGAGGUGGACAACGUGUUUGACACAGGCUUGCGGGACGUGCAGCCCUACCUCUACAAGAUCUCCUUCCAGAUCACCGACGCUCUGGGCACCUCAGUCACCACCACCAUGCGCAGGCUCAUCAAAGACACCCUUGCUCUCUAGGCCUUGCUGGGGGCCUUGGGUGCUCCUUGAUGGCUCGCAGACUUUGGUUUCUGGGGAUUGUGCUGUUAGGCCCUUGGGGCUCUGGAACCUGAUCCAGGUCCUUGAUGAGACUUGGAAGGGCCACCCCCUGGCUUCCUUGACCUGUGGUUGCCAGUCUCUGGUCAGCCUCGUAACCUUCACUGACGGUUAAGCCAGGCCAACACUGUCUCACCUCCCCUCUGGGGGGUCCCCCCUCCUUCUCUACUGUACAGAAGCACCAUCAUUAGGAUGGCGAAUAAAGUUGAGAAUGUGAGCUUGG